CGAAAAUUAAAUCAGAAAAGACUCGCACACGAACAGAUAAUGGAUAAUAAAUAAAAUUCAAUUUAUCACAAUUAUGUGACUCGAGGGUCAAGGAGACAGGAAUCGUUCGAUGCGUUGCGGCAGAAACGCGACGAAGGAAGGAUUAUUUAUAGAGAGUUUCAGUAGUUUCAUAGAUAACAACUCUAGAAGAUAACUAAUUAAAGUGAUGAAGCUAAUUGAUGCAAUCAGUUAGUGUUAUCAUAUGAAUUGCAAAGACAGACCAGUGCCAGAAUAUUCAGCACAGAAGCAAGAUGAAGCAUGCGGGGACUGGUGACACUUGUGAAAAGGGAAAGGUGAUGGUAUUUCUUCGAAUGAGUUUUCGUGAUUUGUGUAUAGUGACAGUGUCUUUACCUCUAAUUUCAUUGUUGAUCUGUUUUGUAACGGCCUAUGUCUUCCAAUAUGAUGACAUACAUGAGACGCAUUGUAGAGUAUAUAAUAUUAUACCAUCAAUUAGUGCGGUGACAGGCGUAAGUCCCCAAAGAUAUUUGUGGAGGAUAAGUGUUGCUUUGCAUAUGGGACCCAGGAUUGCAAUUGCUUUGGUAUCAAAAACUUUCUAUGAUAAUCUAGUCAUUAAUUAUAAAGGACAAGAAUCAUCCCGAGCCAAAAUUUUAAACACAUUGUGCCAUUGGUUGAAUUGCAUUGAAAUAGCAGCAUUAUGCGGUGUUACUUAUAUUUCAAAUCGUGAAAAUUACCGUAAGUAA